AUGUCCGCCCGGGGACGAUCGGUCGGUCGCUCUCUGCUCAGGCUGCUGCUCGCUGUCUUUCUCGCUCCCAUUGUGACGGGCGUGUCGGCUCAGAUCUGUUCUUUCUGGGAUGCCACUUGUAUCGAUCCUCUCGCUCAGACCGCCGUCUCGGUGGGUUUUGAGCCGCUCUUCCCAGACCCGGUGACCUUCUACUAUGGCUUCGACGCGACCUCCCAGAGCAACGGCGUGCCCAUGACCAAAGCCAGCUACUGGCUCCGAUAUUCUUCCAACUACCUCGCCCCCUCGGCCAUCGAUGCCAACCGUACCUCCGAGGUCGCCCUACGCGUCGGCAACUUGACAGGGCAGCCCUGGGGACCGAACAAUGGCUGUGAUGGCGUGUGGGGACCUGAGUGCUCGAGCAACCUUAAGGCGGCCAUCCAGGCUAAUAUGUUCACCCUCUUCACCUCGGGACAAUACUACCAGAACCCUCUGUCGACUGUGCUGGACCAGUUCCUCUCUUCAUCCUCGCCGGUCGCUGGAUGUCCCCAUUCGAUGUUCCAGGUCCAGGCCAUCCCCGCCAAUUCAUUUGCCCAGGAAACCGUCACCGAUCAAGCCGUCACCGUCGAGACGCCUGGAAGCAGCAUCACCCCCUGGAAGACUUGGUUUCUGAGCAACAUGACAGCCAGUCAGCAGGCACAGCAGGUUGCCGUGGCCUUCAUCAGCCGGUGUCCCAGCUUCGGUGACCAGCCCGAAAUCACAGAAAGCGAUAUCCAGAUCGAGUUGGUCUGUCUGAAAGCCCCAUCGGGGAGAGGCGGCCAUCCGGCGCCCGCAGGCUUUGGCGGCGGUUAA